UUUCAUUCUUUUCUUUUCUUCAUUCUCCUUGAUAUCUACCACCAUCUACUUUUUACAGGCUGUAAUAGCAGAAAUGUGGAUCCAUUCAAUAAAUACCACUCUAUAUGAACUUGCAAUAACUCCACCAUCUUCACCAAAUCUCCAAAUACAGCCACAAAUAGAGCACUGUAAAGCCCGACGGAACAAUCAUCAAUUAUCCCUCUCAAUCAUUGUCCUAAUUGGAGUAGUAAUCUCCUAUCUGCCCCAGCAUCACAGGAUUAUCCGCAAGGGCAGCAGCGAUGGCUUCAGUUCAUGGUUCCUGCUCCUCGGCUGUCUAUCAACAUGUUGGUCUUUCUUCAAUAUCCUCAUUCUGCAAUGGCGUAGGAUUCGGUGCUGCAAAGUUGUUAGCACAAGUCUUUGCUUAGAGAAUACACUAGGAGUGGCACAGCUCUUUGUUCAGUUUGUAUUGUUCACACUCAUAUUUAUCCUAUACAUGAUCUAUUUCCCACCCUAUAAGAAAGUCAACGCCUUUGUCCAUAAGAUGCGUCUGUUUUGUCUACCUUCACGUUCUCUUGCUUGGACAGUUUCGAUACUCUUCUCAAAGAUUAUUUUCGGAAACAUUGCUGUAUCCACAUUCUUUACUAUCAUCAUCCUGGCAGCUGUAGAUCACGACCAGGAACAUCACAGUGCUUGGACGUUAUUGUGGGUAGGGUUCUUGGGUGUCAUGAGCGCUUUGCUGACCAUGAUCCAGUAUUUACCCCAGAUCAUCGAGACAUAUCUCCGGAAGUCAGUUGGCGCUCUCAGUAUUCCCAUGUUGUUGAUGCAGACACCUGGCUCCAUCCUGUUGACUGUCUCUCUGGCAUUAAGUCCUGGUGCAAAUUGGUCAACUUGGCUUCCUUAUGCGAUUGCUUCGUUUUUCCAAUCCAUGCUUCUAGUUUUGUGUCUUGUCUUUUUCAUCAGAGCUAAAAAACGAGGUGUUAGUUCCUUUCAUAGUCCGGAGACUGCACCAUUGCUUGUAACUCGAGGAGCAACACAAAUGUAUGGCGGUGAUAGUUCUGAAGAACAUGGAUUAGCAGGGACAAAGAAGCCAAGUCUUAUAGCUCAGGACCAAAAUCAAUCCUAAUAAUUAUAUCCUAUCCAAAGGCGUUCUUGAUGGAUGGUUCGUUGAUAAUAUUUAACGAUGGCCAUUGGCCGUAUUUUCAAAAAGGGGGAUUUAGAUAAACUUCAAUUGCCACUUCUUUCCGAACAACACCCUUGUUUUGAUCUGGCCAACAAUGAAUCCAUUGGGAACACCACCCCCGUUUGGUUCUAUUUAGUUCUUAUUGGCUCUUUAUCCUCUGUGAUAGUUGACAGCUAUCGUCAGGACUCGUCUCGAAUAUGCCUCGCGAGAGGUCUAAGUGAUCAUUUUAGUUUUGAUUUAUUUUGGGGAAUAACGAGGCCAAAUAA